ACGCAGAAGCAGCUCAUGAAUGUGCUUUGAGUGUGUUGGAGAGUAUCAAAGCAAUCAAUACUUGAAUUUGAAAUCUAUCUAUGUUAGUUAGCAACCCAUAGUAACCCUUGGCAACCGAUAAACAAACUCGGGUUAUAAAUACCUAGCAUUGUCAGAAUUUUCUCUAGUUCUUAAGUUUCCUUGAAUAAAGAAGUACAACAUUUGGCGACGAGAAGUAACGAAUCCAACGCUGGAGGAAGAGCUGCUGAAUCAAGAAUCAGGAUGGCAAAAUCUGGAGAAGCCCACAUUCAAGACCUCUACCAGCAAAUCCUGGACCAGAAUCGGCAGAUGGCGGAACAAAACGCUCGGAUGAUGCAGAUGAUGGAACGUUUCGGCAUUCAAGAAAACGGUUCCCAUCGGCCCACGGACAGUCCGGAAUUCAUCAUCGAAUCUCUGGCUUCCAACAUCCGGGAGUUCGUGUACGAUCCGGAGAAUGGUCUCGUUUUUGACCGUUGGUACCGGAAGUACGAAGACCUCUUCCUGAAGGACGGCGCGAAGUUGGACGAUGCUGCGAAAGUGCGAUUGCUGCUGCGGAGCCUCAGCGUGCUUGUCCACGACAAGUACGUCAAUUUCGUGCUGCCAAGCCACCCCCGGGACUACACAUUCGAGGAGACGGUGAAGAAACUGAAGGAGCUUUUCGGCGUACGGAUCUCGUUGUUCAGCAAGCGCUACCUGUGCUUCCAGUUGGCCAAGAACGACGCCGACGAUUUCCUGACGUACGCUGGAACGGUCAACAGGUGCUGCGAAGAUUUCGACCUCAACAACAUCACGGCGGAUCAAUUCAAGAGCCUGAUUUUCAUCUGCGGGUUACGAUCUUCCAAGGACGCUGACAUCAGGACGAGACUCCUUUCCAAGCUCGAGGGAAAUGCGGAAGGCGAAUGCACUCUGGAAUCACUCAUCACCGAGUGCCAACGCCUCCAAAACCUCAAACACGACACUGCCUUGGUGGAGCAGAAGAAAUCGGUGAGUACAAUUUGUGCAGUCAAGCAGCGCAAAUCCGCACCGCCCAGAUCUGGAUCCAAGGACAGGAAGAAAACGAAAGCUGAUCACCCCAAGACGCCCUGCUGGCAGUGUGGCGGAAUGCAUUACGUCCGCGACUGCAAUUACACGAAGCACGUUUGUCGGGACUGCAAGCAAACCGGCCACAAAGAGGGGUACUGUAGCUGCUACUCAUCGAAGGCUGCGGGUAAGAAGAAGACGAACGUGAACGGCGUUUUCAGCAUCAACCAGGAAGAUGGCUCCUCGAACCGGAAGUUCCUGACAGUGGACAUCGACGGAUCGCAAGCCACCCUGCAGCUGGACACCGCGUCGGACAUCACGAUCAUCUCGAAGAAGCAGUGGAGGAAGAAGCUGGGGGCACCAACGCUGACUCCCACCACACGGACGGCGAAAACGGCAUCAGGUGAUCCGCUCCGUCUACUUGGUGAACUCCGAUCGACAGUCACGCUCGGAUGUGUCACUAAAACAGCAACGUUCUACGUAACCAACAGCCCAAUCAACCUGUUCGGUCUGGACUGGAUCGAGCUAUUCGGUCUAUGGGACACCCCGUUAUCAACGAUUUGCAACCAGGUCCACGUUGCUGCUCCAACCGAUCAGAUUCAACGGUACAAAGCAGCGUUUCCUGAUGUGUUCAAGCCCGGCCUCGGACACUGCAAGAAGAUGAAGGUGCGACUUUAUCUCAAGCCCGGAGCCAGACCCGUUUUCAAGCCGAAGAGACCAGUUCCGUUCACGUCCAUGGAGAAGAUUGAAGCUGAACUGGACCGCCUCCAGUCCCUGGACAUCAUCACGCCAGUGGAAUAUUCGCCAUGGGCUGCUCCAAUUGUCGCAGUGAAGAAACCCGGAGGAAAAGUUCGAAUCUGUGCCGACUACUCAACCGGACUCAACGCUGCCUUGGAACCCAACCACUACCCGCUGCCGGUCCCGGAUGACAUCUUUAGCAAGCUCAACGGUUGCCGCUAUUUCAGCAUCAUCGAUCUCAGUGAUGCUUACCUUCAGGUGGAAGUUGACGACGACUCCAAGCAACUCCUCACAAUCAACACGCAUCGAGGUCUCUUUCGCUUCAACCGGCUCGCGCCUGGUGUGAAAUCCGCACCGGGGGCCUUUCAGCAGCUAAUGAACAGCAUGAUUGCCGACCUCGAAGGAGUGGAAUCGUUCCUGGAUGACGUCCUGGUGUUCAGCAAAACUCAAGAAGAGCACCACAAGUACCUCACCGCUCUAUUCCAACGACUUCAAGCAUUUGGUUUCGUUCUGCGCGAGGAAAAAUGCAACCUUCUUCAGUUGCAGAUCAAAUACCUCGCCCACAUCGUAGAUGCCGACGGACUCCAUCCUGAUCCGUCCAAGGUGGAAGCAAUCGUCAAGAUGCCACCUCCCAAGGAUGUCACGGGUCUGCGCUCGUUCCUCGGUGCUGUAAAUUUCUAUGGUAAGUUUGUCCAGGAGAUGCACCAACUGCGGCGGCCACUCGACGCGCUGCUAAAGAAGGAUGCCAAGUUCACGUGGUCCCCCGAGUGCCAGAAGUCAUUCGAGCGAUUCAAGGAAGUGCUACAGUCGGAUCUGCUACUCACGCACUACGAUCCGGCAUUGGAAAUCAUCGUUGCGGCCGACGCGUCGCAAUAUGGAAUAGGUGCUUGCCUUCUCCAUAGAUUUCCCGACGGCUCGCUCAAAGCUGUCGCCCACGCAUCCCGCUCUCUCACCCCCGCAGAGGCAAAUUAUGGACAAAUCGAAAAGGAAGGUCUUGCGUUGGUGUUUGCUGUGACGAAAUUCCAUCGCAUGCUGCUCGGACGAAAGUUCACCCUCCAGACAGAUCACCAGCCACUUAUGCGGAUUUUCGGUGACAAAAAGGGAAUUCCGGUCCAUACGGCAAACCGCCUCCAACGAUGGGCACUGACGCUUCUGUGCUACAACUUCGAAAUCGAGUAUGUCUCCACAACGAAAUUUGGAUACGCCGACGUACUCUCUCGUCUCAUCGACAGCCACGUCAAACCCGACGAGGAUUUCAUCAUCGCUUCCAUUCAACUCGAAGAUGACGUCGAGGUACCGCUUCAAGAAGCCAUCAGCUCGCUACCGGUAACAUUCAAGUCGGUGCAAGAAGCUACGUCCCGGUGCCCGGUUCUCAAGCAAGUGAUCCAGUACACCCAGUGUGGAUGGCCCUCCAACGUGGACAGCAUCACCAGCACAGCAGUUCGGCCAUUCUUCGCCCACCGAGACGCCCUGUCGGUGGUGAAGGGCUGCAUCAUGAAGUCCAACCGUCUGGUGAUUCCGGCAAGCUUCUACCAACGAAUUCUCAAGCAACUCCAUAGAGGACAUCCGGGAAUGGAGCGUAUGAAGGCUGUUGCACGUAGCCACGUGUACUGGCCAAGGAUAGACGACGACAUUGCUGACUAUGUCAAGAGGUGUGAAAGCUGCUCCAUCCACUCCAAGACGCCACCCAAGGUUCCGCUACAAUCGUGGCCACUCGCACAAUCUCCCUGGGAGCGAAUCCACAUUGACUUCGCUGGACCGCUCAACGGUCUACACUUCCUGGUAGUUGUGGACGCUUUCUCCAAGUGGCCAGAAAUCUGCAUCGUGAGGAAUCCGACGACAUCAGCAGUCACCGAGUUCCUGAAUGAACUGUUCGCACGUUUUGGUAUUCCAAACGUCAUCGUUUCCGACAACGGCUCCCAAUUCACAUCGGAGCAAUUUGCGACUUUCUGCAGGAAGAACGGUGUUCAGCAUUUCCGUAUCUCGCCGUACCACCCGCAGUCCAAUGGCCAGGCGGAAAGGUUUGUGGACACCUUGAAGAGGUCGUUACGCAAAAUCAACGAGGGGGAGAACAUCUCCGAAACGCUCCAGACUUUCCUCCAGGUAUAUAGGACUACCCCCAGUCGUGUCCUAAACGGAAGGACACCUUCGCAGCAGAUGCUUGGCCGGAACAUCAAGACAGUUCUGGAUCUCCUACACCACGAUCAACCGAAGCCCGUGGUCCGCAAUCAUCACCAGGACGAGCAGUUCAAUCGCAAACAUGGUGCGGUUCCACGUGAAUUCAAGAAAGGUGACGAGGUCUACGCCAAGGUCUACACGAGCAACACGAAGUGGCAGUGGGCUUCCGGCGUAAUCAUCGAAGUCAUCGGACGUGUCAAUCACAAUGUGCUCUUGGACGACUGGCACGGACGGAAGAAGCUCAUCCGAAGUCACUCCAACCAACUCAAAUUCCGUUGCAGCGAAGAGGCUUCCAUUGAAGAAGAUUCGACGCCGCUAGGAAUUCUGGUGGACAUGUUUGGCCUGCAAUCCACAAGACCACCAGCGCCUGAAAUUCGUCAAGUUCGACCACAAUCCGAAGCAGCUGCCAACCCGGCAGCCGAUGAGGAAUCUGAAGAAGAUGAAAUAGUUUCGGCUCAUUCCGAGCAAGCUGAUUCCGAAGUAGAAGCAAGUCAAUCCGACUCGCAGCAGGAUGAAGAUGACCAGCAACCACCCGGUUCCAUUCCAGAGCCUCCUUCGGCUCGGCCUCAGAGGAUGAUCCGUAUGCCUUCAAGAUUCGAGCCGUACCUGUUCUGGAAAUAAGAAGGGAGGAAUGUUGGAGAGUAUCAAAGCAAUCAAUACUUGAAUUUGAAAUCUAUCUAUGUUAGUUAGCAACCCAUAGUAACCCUUGGCAACCGAUAAACAAACUCGGGUUAUAAAUACCUAGCAUUGUCAGAAUUUUCUCUAGUUCUUAAGUUUCCUUGAAUAAAGAAGUACAACAGAGUGUGAGUUUACCAACACUGAUUCUGUGGAGAAUCCUCUCAGGAUUCUGUGGAGAAUCCUCUCAGGAUUCUGUGGAGAAUCCUCUCAGGAUGCUGUGGAGAAUCCUCUCAGGAUUCUGUGGAGAAUCCUCUCAGGAUGCUGUGGAGAAUCCUCUCAGGAUUCUGUGGAGAAUCCUCUCAGGAUUCAGAG